AUGCUCCUCGUCGACUCCGCAACCAUACCGCCCUGGGCGUACUUUGCCCUGGCGACAGCCCUCGUCACCGCAUGGAUCCUCAGCUUCCGCUACCAGAAGGGCCUGAACAAAUAUCCCGGUCCAUUUGUCGCGUCGGUGACCAAUUUCUGGCGUCUCUGGCAAUGGCUCCGACACACCGACAUGUGCUACUUCCCUAAAGUGGCCCAAUAUGGACGUAUCAUCCGCAUUGGCCCCAAUACAUUGCUGUUCAACGAUCCGGAGGCCAUCAAGGAUAUAUACAUGACUCACUUUAACAAGUCCGACUUUUACAAAGUAGGCCAGGGCGUUUCCCGAGGCGUCGCCGUACCGAACAUCUUCUCGACCACUGACCGAUUGUACCACGCCAAACUGCGGCGGUCCGUGGCCAACGCGUUCGCACUCAGCACGCUGGUCAACUACGAGCCCUACGUCACCGACACGGUGGCGACGUUCCUCGCGCAGUUGAACGCCCGCUUUGCAGGACGGCCUGGCGAGGACGGCAUCUGCGACAUGUCCGAAUGGACCAAGUAUUUCGCCCUGGACGUCGUGAGCGCGUUGACCAUGGGCAAAGGCUACGGGUUGUUAGAGGCCGGGUAUGAUCACAUUGGGAUCGUGGAGGCUAGGACGACGUUCCUGCGAUAUUUUACCAUUGUCAAUAAUGUAACCUGGCUGGAUCGGGUGCUCAAAAAGAACCCCGUGCUGAUGUGGCUGGGACGCCACGGUCUCUGGAACAGCGUCACAGCCACGGUGCCCAUCGCGCUCCGCCAAAUGGACGAGAAGAAGCGCACCUUCAAGGGCGUCGACGAGGACAGCAAGACGCGCGUCGACCUGCUGACCAAAUUCCUGCAAGCCAAAGUCGACAACCCGGACAUUGUCGACGACCGCGCCGUGCUGGGCUUGACGCUCAGCAUGGUCAACGCGGGCAGCGGCACCGUGGCCACGACGCUCGCCGCCACGUUCUACUUUUUGCUGAAAUACCCGGCCGUGAUGAAGGCGCUGGUCGAGGAGAUUGACGCGCAUUUCGAGCCGGUUGCGGCGCCGCCCAAAGCCAAGGCCGAGGCCGAUCAUUCUGCGGCCGACUUCCACGACUACGUCGUCCCCUUUGCCGAGUCCCAAAAGCUGCCCCUCCUCGACGCCGUGCUCAAGGAGAUCUUCCGCAUCUGGCCCGGCCUGGGCAUGCAGUUGAUCGAGCGCCUGACGCCGCCCGAGGGCGCGCACAUCCUGGGCGAAUACAUCCCCGGCAACAUCAUCGUCAGCUGCAACGCCUGGAUCAUGCACCGCCACAAGCCCACGUACGGCGACGACGUCGAGGUCUUCCGCCCGCAGCGCUGGCUGGACGCGUCGCCCGAGCAGUUGGCCGCCAUGAACAAGGCCUUGCUGGUCUGGGGUGCCGGGCCGAAUACGUGUAUCGGGAAGAACAUUGCGUUUCUGGAGCUGUUCAAGGUCAUCCCCUCGGUGUUGAGGGUUUUUACGCUCGAACUCGCCGAUCCGACAAAGGAAUGGAAGGUGUUCAACCUGGGUGAUCCGGAGCCAUCGGAGUUUUUCGUGAGAUUCAAGCCGCGCUACCGGAAGGCUUGA